AACAAAAACUAUCUGGCCCAAUACGAAUGGCGGAGGCGGUUACCGGCGGCAAUGAUUCCGACCUUCACCGUCAACUCGCUCUUAUUAACGACGUCACUCCUAUCUCACAUUCCGAUUCCGAUUCCUCUCCAAUGCCGUUUUGUGUUCCUCACGGCUGGAUCAUCAACCGGGUCCCCCGACCCGACGGCCACACGAUGGCUCCGGAAAGUAAUUGGACUACCACAAAGUUUACGUUACCUGAAGAUUGGUUUGUGGAGAAGGUACCACGUAAAUCUGGAAAUACUAUUGACAAGUACUACUAUGAUCCGGAAACUGGACGUCAAUUUCGAUCCCUUAAAGAUGUUGAGAGAUACCUUACAGAAGGAUUUAUACCAACUACAUCAAGACCCAAGAGGCCAAAGUACAAAGAGAAGAUGCAAGAUUUUGAGGUAGCUCAAGAUAAUGAUUAUCAUCUCAUAACCGUAACCCCCAGAAGCUUUCUAUCUUCAUCCCCCUUUAUCCUCCCUGAUGGAUGGACUGUGAAAGAAGUGCCCCGAAAGACGGGUCGUAUCGACAAGUAUUAUUAUGAGCCUGGGACUGGACACAUGUUCAGAUCUAAACCAGCUGUUCAAAAGCAUCUAGCACAACUUGAAGAAGACAGUUUACCUUUAUCUGUAGUACUAGAAGAAUUAAGAGAGAAUCAUUUACCACUUUCCAAGGCUUUUAAAUUAGCCACUCCUAUAAAGAAUAACGGUUCAUAUGAUUCGUGUAAAAAAAGCAUUUCAAAACAUGAACAAGACCCGUCAUUAAGCAAUGCGCCUCCAAACAAGAUCAAUUGGGUUAUUCCUAGCACUGCUGGAGAAACUUGGACUGCUUUUGUUGGAGAUGAAGCGGUUCCCGAUUUUAUGAAACAGCAAUGGGGAAGAAGAUUCAUUUUGACCAUCAAUAACAGCAAAUAUAAUGAACAGGUAUUUGGUAGGGGGGUUGAUGAAGAUUAUGGGCCAACGCACUAACUACGGUUUCAGGAAACGAGGCUUGGUGAUUUCUUGAUUCAGAUAUAUAAUGGUGCAACCAAGUUUGAAAGUAUUUAGAUAAAAUCCUGUACAGCGUAUUAGUUAAUGAUGUGUAUGUUUUAAGUUUUUAACAAUGCAUAUAAGUUGCCUGUUUG